AUGGUCAAGACUCGAGAGUGUGAUGUGUGGAGUGCUGGAGUCAUUAUUUACAUUUUGCUAAGUGGAGUGCCUCCAUUUUGGGAUGAAACGGAACAAGGGAUAUUUGAACAGGUAAUGCAAGGAGAACUCGACUUUGUAUCAGAGCCUUGGCCUAGUGUUUCCGAUAGUGCAAAAGAUCUUGUCAGAAGAAUGCUUGUUCGAGAUCCUAAAAAACGGUUGACUGCACAUCAAGUUCUUUGUGACACAUUCAACAACGUGGUUGGAAGCCCUUAUUAUGUAGCUCCAGAGGUCUUAAAGAAGCACCAUGGUCAAGAGUGUGAUGUUUGGAGUGCUGGAGUCAUUAUUUACAUUUUGCUAAGUGGAGUGCCUCCAUUUUGGGAUGAAACGGAACAAGGGAUAUUUGAACAGGUAAUGAAAGGAGAACUCGACUUUGUAUCAGAGCCUUGGCCCAGUGUUUCCGAUAGUGCAAAAGAUCUUGUCAGAAGAAUGCUUGUUCGAGAUCCGAAAAAACGGUUGACUGCAUAUCAAGUUCUUUGCCACCAAUGGGUCCAAGUUGAUGGUGUUGCUCCCGAUAAACCUCUUGAUUCUGCUGUGCUAACUCGUUUGAAGCAGUUUUCUGCCAUGAAUAGACUCAAAAAGAUAGCCAUUAGAGUUAUUGCCGAAUGUCUUUCCGAGGAGGAAAUUGCAGGAAUUAAAAGAAAUGCUGACGUUGAUAACAGUGGAACCAUAGAUUACAAGGAGUUUGUAGCAGAAAUGCUCCACCUAAACAAAGUUCAGAAAGAGGAUCACAUGUUCGCAGCCUUUUCAUAUUUCGACCAAGAUGGGAGUGGAUACAUCACCCAUGAUGAGCUUCAAAAAGCUUGCGAGAAAUUUGGUGUUGGAGAUGUUUAA